UGAUGCGGCUUAAUAUUUUGCUUGGAGUGGACAGGAGCUUAGGUCGUCCUUCUUCGGGAGUUUGACAAAGUAGCCUUCCUUCCAAUCGCCAGGUACCUUUCCUUCCUUCCAGACUUUCUGCAAUAAUGGUGUCAGCAUGUCCACUGUUGUCUUUGUGUUUGUUCUCAGUGCUUCUGGCAGGAUUCCAUCUGGUCCUACUGCUUUCCCGCACUUCAGUAGCUUUUUGACGCUCAGGACUUCCACUUUUGUUGGAGGAUUUAUGUUCACUUGUAAUUCAGCGGCCGCAGGUGGUAUUUCUGGACGAAGUGCAGGUGGUGGUCGAUUCAAGAGCUUCUUGAAGUGGUCAGCCCAUUGUUUACUUUGUUCCUCUUCUUUCGUAGUUAAAUUUCCUUCAUCAUCUUUUAUUGGUUUCAUGUGUGUUGAUCUCUUCCCAGAUAGCAACCUGGUUCUUUGAUACAAUGUUGUCAGGUCUCUCUUACCUGCAGCCUGUUCUGCUUCACCUGCCAGUGUUUCGUAGAAGUAUCUUUUGUGUUUGGAAGUAAUAGUGGGUAUUUCUUAAGAAUAAAGUCAUUCAUUACCAAGGUAGUGAUAUACUGAUCAUUUUUAUUUGAAUCUAGG